AUGUCGGCAUUCUUAGUUUUAGCCGCCACUAAAGCAAGAGACUCUAACGGGGGUUUCUAUCUUGAGAAUCGGACCAAGAGCCUACAAUUGUCAUAUCUCGACGUAGAUGGCCGCCAGCACUUUCUCUAUGCACGUAGAAUCCAAGAUCAAUCUCAUGUUCAUGAUGCAAACGGGCGGCUUGAAUCACAUGGACUGUAUGACAGUGUGCUAAGGAGACGUGGGUGGGUGUUGCAAGAGCAAGUGCUUGCGAGACGUACUCUGUCCUUUGCAAAGGAUGAGAUGCUAUGGGGUUGCCGAGAGUGUAGCACUUGUGAAUGCCGGAUAGGAUUCUCAAAUUUCGAAUCAGAAGCAAUCUCACCGAGUAGGGAAGUUUACAAAGAUAUAUAUUCUAAUUGGUACAUUAUGCUCGAGGCUUAUAGUCACCGUCCCCUCACAUAUCAGAUUGAUAAGCUACCCGCCAUAUCUGGGAUAGCUAAACUCUUGCAUGACAUGACUCAAGAUGGUUAUUACGCUGGGUUAUGGAGAAGCCAACUUCCUGGGGCACUCCUCUGGACUUCAAAAAAAGACAACAACGAGUAUACAGAAAGCGAGAAGUGCAUGCCUUCUUGGAGUUGGGCUUCGAUACGCAGCGGCGGUAUAACAUACGAUCAUAAAGAUGAAAAAUUCAAGGCUGGCACGGAAAUUGUCUCUGUGGAUAUCCAACUUUCCGGAAGCAACGCUUUCGGUGGCGUUCUUGGAGGCUACAAGCGAAUUGCCAUGUUCGGUAUCAACUUACAUCAUGGAUUUCAAGGAGAAAAAGGGACUCUCAAGAGAAUCAUGAUUCUUGUGGAUCUAGAUCAAAAUUAUUAUGAUCAAAACAAACCCACUGAAUCUGCAAUUGAAGUCAAGAAGAACAUCUCGCUUUUCCUCAUGUUUGUUGGAACCCGAACCCUCACACAAUAUGCCGAGACUCCAAGUUUCUUGGCCCUAAGAUAUCUUGAAGAAGACGAAAGAGGGAACUCGAUAUUUAUGAGAGCAGGGAUAGCUGCCCUUAAUGGGUGGUCGACGCAUCUUCUCGAUCGCGUUCGAGCUGCCACCAAAGAAUCAAUCGUUCUGAUUUAG